CCCCCCCCCCCCCCCCCGCUCGUUCCCUGCCGCGUCCGCUGCCCGCCGUUCCCGGCCUCGGCGCGCGGCGCGGGGGACACGCGACGUCCCUGCCCGUCACCCGCCUGCCUUCCCCGGCACCCUGCGUCCCCGGCCUCCCCGGGCAGCUCCCGGCUCUCCGGCUCUCACCUCCUCCCGGCUUAGGAGAUCCCGGCCGUCAUGUCUAUAGAGAAGAUCUGGGCCCGGGAGAUCCUGGACUCCCGUGGGAAUCCCACGGUGGAGGUGGACCUCCACACUGCCAAAGGUCUUUUCCGGGCGGCCGUCCCCAGUGGGGCGUCCACCGGCAUCUAUGAGGCCCUGGAACUACGGGAUGGGGACAAACAGCGCUAUUUAGGCAAAGGUGUCCUGAAGGCAGUGGACCACAUCAACAGCACCAUUGCGCCAGCCCUCAUCAGCUCAGGCCUCUCUGUGGUGGAGCAGGAGAAACUGGACAACCUGAUGCUGGAGUUGGAUGGGACCGAGAACAAAUCCAAGUUUGGGGCCAAUGCCAUCCUGGGUGUGUCCCUGGCCGUGUGUAAGGCUGGAGCAGCUGAGAAGGACUUGCCCCUGUACCGCCACAUCGCUCAGCUGGCUGGGAACUCAGACCUCAUCCUGCCUGUGCCGGCCUUUAAUGUGAUCAAUGGCGGUUCUCACGCUGGGAACAAGUUGGCCAUGCAGGAGUUCAUGAUCCUCCCAGUGGGUGCUGAGAGCUUUCGGGAUGCCAUGCGACUUGGGGCAGAGGUGUACCACACACUCAAGGGUGUCAUCAAGGACAAGUACGGCAAGGACGCCACUAAUGUGGGGGACGAAGGCGGCUUUGCCCCCAACAUCCUGGAGAACAGCGAAGCCUUGGAGCUGGUGAAGGAAGCCAUCGACAAGGCUGGCUACACGGAAAAGAUCGUGAUUGGCAUGGAUGUGGCUGCCUCUGAGUUUUACCGCGAUGGCAAAUAUGACUUGGAUUUCAAGUCACCCGCUAAUCCCUCCCGAUACAUCACUGGGGACCAGCUGGGGUCGCUCUACCAGGACUUCGUCCGGAACUAUCCUGUGGUCUCCAUUGAAGACCCGUUUGACCAGGAUGACUGGGCAGCCUGGUCCAAGUUCACAGCCAACGUGGGCAUCCAGAUCGUGGGCGAUGACCUGACGGUGACCAACCCGAAGCGCAUCGAGCGGGCGGUGGAGGAAAAGGCCUGCAACUGUUUGCUGCUCAAGGUUAACCAGAUCGGCUCGGUCACGGAAGCCAUACAAGCGUGCAAACUGGCCCAGGAGAACGGCUGGGGGGUCAUGGUGAGUCAUCGCUCUGGAGAAACAGAGGACACGUUCAUCGCUGACCUGGUAGUCGGACUGUGCACGGGCCAGAUCAAGACUGGUGCCCCAUGCAGAUCUGAACGCCUGGCAAAGUACAACCAACUCAUGAGAAUUGAAGAGGAGCUGGGGGAUGAAGCUCGCUUCGCGGGACAUAAUUUCCGAAAUCCCAGUGUGCUGUGAGCUCUCUGCUUGCCUGAAGACUGGAACCUCCAUCUCAUCCUCCCGGAGCUGCCUUCCUGCUGUCCCGACCUGCCAUAGUUCACCCUGACACCUCGAGCCCAAAGUCACCCAGAACGCCUCGGCUCGCCUGCUCCAGCUGCUCUUGGCUUCCACAACCCCUCGCUUGCCCCUGUUCUUCCUCUUCUCUGGGCCCCAUUUCUGGGGAUUCUUUCUUCUCACUUUCCCAUCUAUUCUCUCCUUCUUAAAAACAAACAAACAAACACAACAACAAAAAACAAAACAAAAAACUGGACAUGAGAAUGCAGACUAGAAGGGGGGUCCACAGAAGGGCCAUCAGCUUCUGAUAGGAGCUUCGGGAUUGGUGUAUUGGGGUGUCUAGACUGGAGCCAUGUGGCACGUGUGCUUUACCGUUGUUUUUCUAUGUUGUGAAGAAGCUUUGAACUAUGCAUAGAACUGGUGUUCGGGGAGUGCUUGGUUAAGUUGUGUGUGUGUGUAUAUAUGUGCACUUAUUUAUUUAUUUAUUUAUUUAUUUAUUUAUUUAUUUAUUUAUCUAUUAUUUCUCAAGCUGGUUAAUCAGCCAUCUCCCCGUAGCUCUACAGUCGGAAAGUGAGUGACCUUACUUGUCAGGGCUAGGCACCUGCGUUUUCACGUGGCUGCAUCCCUCGAUGACCUGGGAUGGGAAGCUUUGCUAACAUGGGACAGGCAGCAGAAAAGGGACUGAGCAAGUGUUUCAUUUAGUGCACUGACUGAAGCUGGGUAUUUUACGGGAUGGGGCUGUGUGCCUAGGGGCGGGGGGGGGCUUUUCUCCUACAAUUCUCUCCCCAGCCCUAGGUUUUCCUCGUCACUCUCCAGCAGCACCAGAACACCGCCUCACUCCCCCAUGCCAUGUUCCACACUCCUCGCCACCGUCUCUGUGGCUUUGAAAUGAGCACCGCCAUUAAAGUCUGAAUCACAGCGCA